AGGCAGAGUUGGACCCGUGCGCUCUGCUCCAUCGAUCUGCAGAGGCGCACAGCGGAGCUUCUACCGGACGUUGGCCGCACUUUCUGAGCUUUCGUUUUUUCUCGAGGGAAUGCCAAAAGUGGACUCGGUGUUUGGAAGAUGCUACUGGGCAAUUUGGUAGUGGUCGCGUUCUGUCUGUGGGGUCCUGAUGUCGGCAGAGCUUAUGUUUUCCAAGCCAGCGGACCUUCAGAGGGAGGAGACAACCCGCCACCUCACACUAAAGUCGUCUCACAGUGGGUCAGCUCAGCGGGAUCCUGCAAGGGGAGGUGCUUUGAGCUGGAGGAGGCCAAACCUCCAGGCUGCAGGUGUGACAAUCUGUGUAAAACCUACUACAGCUGCUGCUCCGACUUUGACGAUCAGUGCCUGAAAACAGCGGGAGGCUUUGAGUGCACUCAGGAUCGCUGUGGGGAGGAGAGGAACGGCGACCACGCCUGCCACUGCUCCGCCGACUGUCUGGAGAAAGGAGACUGCUGCUCCAACUACAAGUCGCUCUGCAAAGGUGAGACGUCAUGGGUGCAGGACGACUGUGAGGAGAUCGAGACGGCCGAGUGUCCAGCAGGCUUCAUCCGUCCCCCCCUCAUCAUGGUGUCUGUGGACGGGUUCAGAGCCUCCUACCUGAAGAAGGGCAAAUCGGUCAUCCCCAACAUGCAUAAACUCAGUACAUGUGGUACCUCAGCACCGUACAUGCGACCGGUCUACCCAUCAAAGACCUUCCCAAAUUUAUACACCCUGGCCACAGGUCUGUACCCAGAGUCCCAUGGGAUUGUGGGGAACACCAUGCACGACCCGGUGUUCAACGCCACCUUCAGCCUGCGCACCAGAGAGAAACUGAACCACCGCUGGUGGGGCGGACAGCCUAUCUGGAUCACAGCCGAGGAGCAAGGCGUGAAAGCAGGCACUUUCUUCUGGCCUUGGGUGAUUCCCAUGGAGAGGAGGAUUUUAACCAUACUGCGCUGGCUGCAGCUGCCUGACAACGAGAGGCCUUACGUUUACGCCGUCCACUCAGAGCAGCCCGACACCUUUGGUCACCGACUGGGACCCCUCAGCAGCGAGCUGGACAACCCUCUGAGGGAGAUCGAUAACAUCAUUGGUCAGCUGAUGAACGGUCUGAAGCAGAUGAACCUGCAUCGCUGCGUCAACGUCAUCAUCGUCGGAGACCACGGUAUGGAGGAGGCCCACUGUGACCGGACCGAGUUUCUCAGCAGCUACCCGCUCAACAUAGACGAGAUCACGCUGAUCCCCGGCUCGCUGGGCAGAAUUCGACCCCGCGACCCCAAAUCCACCACAUAUGACCCAAAAGUCGUGGUGGCGAACCUCACUUGCAAAAUGCCGACGCAGCACUUCAAGCCGUACCUGAAGCAGCACUUACCUAAGAGGCUUCACUACGCCAACAACCGCAGGAUCGAGGACGUCCACCUGCUGAUGGAGAGGAAGUGGCACAUCGCCAGGAAAAUGCCAGAGAAACUGAGGACUCGUUGUGGUUUCUUUGGUGACCACGGCUUUGACAACAAGAUAACCAGCAUGAGGACCAUAUUCAUGGGUCAUGGACCGAGCUUCAAGUUCAAGAAAAGAGUGCCAGAAUUUGAAAACAUAGAACUAUACAACGUCAUGUGUGACCUGUUAGGGUUGAAGCCGGCCCCUAACAACGGGACUCACGGCAGCUUGAACGACAUGCUCAAAGAGCCGCGGUUCCAUCCCAGCAUGCCAGAGGAAGUGACAUCACCGUCACCGGCGUCCGACUCCAACGCCGCCGUGACCCACGACCUGGGCUGCAGCUGCGAUGACGAGAACAAAGUGGAGGAGAUCAUCGAAGCCUUCAGUCCUGCACAAGAUGGGAUGUACAGCUACAACACUACACACCUCCCGUUUGGCCGUCCAGCUGUGAUGUUUGACACUCAGUACAGUUUGCUUCAUCAUGUGGAGUUCAUCAGUGGCUACAGCAAAGAGCUGGCCAUGCCUCUGUGGACGGCAUACACACUGCAGCGACAGGAGGACAUGACGCCCGUUCCGGAGGUUUCGCCCGCCGUUCACUGCGUCCGAGCCGACUCCAGAGUGUCGGCCGACCACAGUCAGAGCUGCAGCACCUACAGCCAGAACAGCCACCUCACCUACGGCUUCCUCUUCCCCCCAGAGGUGGCGUCGUCUCCAGAGUCCAGAUUUGACGCUUCGCUCAUCACCAACACCGUCCCCAUGUACCCGGCCUUCAAGAGAAUAUGGGGCUACCUGCAGGGGACGCUGCUGAGGCGUUACGCAGAGGAAAGCAACGGCAUCAACGUCCUCGCCGGUCCCAUCUUUGACAGCGACCACGACGGCCUGCGAGACACCACAGAGGAGAUAAAAGAGUUCUCGGCCGACGCUGCACCCAUCCCCACCCACUUCUACACGGUGGUGACCAGCUGCCAGGAGCUGAACCAGACUGUGGACGAGUGCGACGGGCCCCUCAGCGUAUUGUCCUUCCUGCUUCCACACAGACCGGACAACAGUGAGACGUGCAAUAGCGCUGAGGCUGAGUCACAGUGGGUCGAAGAGCUGCUGAAACUCCACACAGCCAGAGUCCGAGACGUGGAGAUCCUGACGGGUCUGGACCUCUACCGGUCCACCAACCUCACCUACACCAGCACCCUGAGCCUGAAAACAUACCUGCACACCUUCGAGAGUGACGACUAGACACAUAGAGAGACAUACACACACACACACACACGCACGCACACACACACACACACACACACACACGAUGUAACCCUUUGGUGCAUUUUCACUGCAUGCUCGCAGGACAGCCGACGCAUCGUUGUUCCACUUUGGAGGACCAGGCUGAGAAGUGGCUGAACAAGGGAACACAUUUGUGGUUUUUGUUUAUGUUUUUUUUGUUUUUUUUUUGAAAAUAUGAAGUGGUUUGGCAAGCAGUAGUUUGUUGGAAGAUUGCAACUGGAAUAUUCAAACACAUGUGCAAAAGUUAACACAGCGGCGAUGCAGAUGUGCUCUCGACAGCUGCCACUACACCUUUCAUGAAUGGACCAUAUCGUUGUUUUAGCCCCUUAGCUGUGCACAGUGUGAGCUUUGUAUCCUUACUUACCAUCCACUGCAUGCUGUAGAAUUUAGAGCUUCUUGAACGUGUCUUUUCUUGCUCAUAAAAAUUACUGAUCACA